AAUUCACGUGUGUAAAACCUUUUCAAUCAAUAAAACUAGGAAUUCAGUUUCAUUUUGGUUUGAGUAUCAUCACUGUUACAUACACUAAACUGAGUCAAACUUUCAUUCAGCAACAGCCAUGAAUGCUCUUGUUGCCACCAACCGUAAUUUCCAACGUGCAUCUCGAAUCCUUGGUUUGGAUUCCAAACUUGAGAAAAGCCUUCUCAUUCCUUACAGAGAAAUCAAGGUCGAAUGUACGAUCCCAAAAGAUGAUGGAAGUUUGGUUUCAUACGUCGGUUUUCGGAUCCAACAUGACAAUGCACGUGGUCCUAUGAAAGGAGGAAUUCGUUAUCACCCCGAGGUUGACCCUGAUGAAGUUAAUGCUCUUGCUCAGCUAAUGACAUGGAAGACAGCUGUGGUAGACAUUCCAUACGGAGGAGCAAAGGGCGGAAUUGGCUGCAACCCAAAGGAUCUGAGCAUCAGUGAGCUAGAACGUCUCACUCGUGUUUUCACCCAAAAGAUUCAUGACCUCAUUGGCAUUCAUAGGGAUGUUCCUGCCCCUGAUAUGGGAACUAAUUCACAGACAAUGGCUUGGAUUCUUGAUGAAUAUUCAAAGUUUCAUGGUCAUUCACCAGCAGUUGUGACUGGCAAGCCUAUUGAUCUUGGAGGUUCAUUGGGAAGAGAGGCUGCAACAGGACUGGGAGUGGUUUUUGCAACAGAGGCUUUAUUUGCUGAAUAUGGGAAGUCGAUUUCUGAUAUGACAUUUGCCAUCCAGGGGUUUGGCAAUGUGGGCACCUGGGCUGCAAAGGCAAUUUUUGAGAGAGGUGGUAAGGUGGUUGCAGUGAGUGACAUCAAUGGUGCUAUUAGUAAUCCAAAUGGGAUUGAUAUUGCUGCUCUUCUGAAACACAAGGCAGGCAACGGAAGUUUGAAGGAUUUCUCAGGAGGAGAUGCUAUGAAUCCAAAUGAUUUGCUUGUCCAUGACUGUGAUGUUCUCAUUCCAUGUGCUUUGGGAGGUGUUCUCAACAAGGAAAAUGCUAAUGAUGUGAAAGCAAAAUUUAUUAUAGAGGCUGCAAAUCAUCCAACUGACCCUGAUGCUGAUGAGAUACUGUCUAAGAAAGGAGUAAUUAUAUUACCAGACGUUUAUGCCAAUGCUGGUGGAGUGACAGUAAGCUACUUUGAAUGGGUUCAGAAUAUUCAAGGAUUUAUGUGGGAUGAAGAGAAAGUGAACCAGGAGCUGAAAAGGUACAUGACCAAAGCUUUCAAUGACAUAAAAGCAAACUGUAAAACUCACAAUUGCGACUUGCGAAUGGGAGCUUUCACUCUUGGACUCAACCGUGUCGCUCGCGCUACACUUUUGAGAGGUUGGGAAGCUUAGAGAAACACCACCGCCACUACUUGCUAUAUAAGCUUGUAGCUGCAGUUUUCUAGUUUUUCCUUUUUUACCUAUCUGUUCUCAAAUAGUCUCUUUUUUUCUUGUCAUUUAUUUGUUAUCUUAGUUUAGUUUUACUUCAUUGUUAAGUAUAGACUUAGUUUUAUGAUAAAAGUAUCAUUAUUUUUUGCCUGAGAAUGACAUAGUUAUAUGGUACAUUAUCAUUCAUUUUUCAAAAUACCUUUCUGAAUCA